UUUUUUUUUUAUUGUUCCAUUGAUUUCUUUUUUUUACCAUUUAAAAAUCAUUCCAUGGCUACACGUAUUAGUUUGGGAAAUGCAGUAUGGCAGACUUUAGCCAAACGUACUGUUAUGAGUAAACCCAUGACAAAGCGGUUCAUUAGCACAAUCAGAAGAGACGGAAAGACGAUUGUAGGUGGUUCAGCUACGCACAUGCAUAAUAGACGUAUUCACGCUACAGCUCCUACAUGUUCUGCAUCCAAGAAAGAUCCUUAUGAAGUUUUGGGUGUUGGUAAGACCUCUAAAACCAGUGAUAUUAAGAAGGCUUAUUACGGCUUGGCAAAGAAAUAUCAUCCGGAUACCAACAAAGACAAGGAUGCACGAGAGAAAUUUGCUCAAAUUCAAGAAGCAUACGAAAUUCUUUCAGAUGACCAAAAACGUCAACAAUACGAUCAAUUCGGUCAUGCCUUUGAAGGCGGAGGAGGACCUGGCGGUUUCCAUGGCGGCGGGGGUGGUGGAUUCCCCGGUGGAUUUGAUCCUAAUGAUAUCUUUAGUCAAUUCUUUGGCGGUGGAUUUGGUGGUAGAGGUGGCGGAGGACCUGGAGGAGCUGGUGGAGAUCCAUUUAGACAAUCUCCUGGUGAGGAUCUUCAAACACAUGUCACUUUAUCCUUUAUGGAAGCUGUCAAAGGAACAACCAAAUAUGUUCAGGUAGAUAAAGUCACCAACUGUGGGGAUUGUAAAGGAAGUGGUCUCGGUGAAGGUAAAAAGAAGGAAACAUGUCCUAAUUGUAAGGGUUCGGGUGUACAAACUAUCAUGAUGGGUGGUUUCCACAUGCAGGCUGCCUGUCAAAGCUGUGGUGGUGCUGGUUCCUCCAUUCCUUCGGGUUGUGGAUGUCCUUCUUGUAAUAGUAUGGGAAAGGUCAGAGAGCGUAAGACGGUUCAGGUCAAGAUCCCUGCUGGUGUAGAUCAAAACACAAGAAUCCGUGUUAAUGGAGAAGGUGAUGCACCCAUCAAGGGUAAUGGACCAGUGGGAGAUCUCUUUGUGACUUUGAACGUACAGGCGAGUAAUAUCUUCCGUAGACAAGAUGCGGAUGUUUAUGUGGAUGCAAAAAUUCCUUUCUAUAAGGCCAUGUUAGGUGGUCGUAUUCGUAUCCCUACUGUAGAUGGUGAUGUGGAUGUCAAGGUACCUUCGGGAGCUCAACCUGGUGAUAAUAUCGCAUUAAGGGGCCGUGGUAUUCAGAAAUUGCGUAGUUCUGCACGCGGAGAUCAAAUUGUUACACUCAAGGUUGAAUUACCCAGAACUUUGAAGGGUAAACAAAGAGAGAUCAUUGAGCAAUAUGCUAGUUUUGUAGAUGAAGAAUAUCGUUCUAAAGAAGAGCCUAUUCAAGUCAAACCAGAUACACCUCCUCCUUCACCUAAAAUUACACCUGAAAAAGACGCUGAUCAAAACGAAGGCGGUUUCUUCAAGAAGACACUUGGUAAAAUCAAGGGCAAGAUUUGUCAUGACGACGAAAAGAAAGAUGAAGAAAAGAAGGAUGAAAAGAAAUAGAACCAAAAAUUGCCUUAUAUAGACUAAGUUACCAAGUUGUAGGUCAUAUUACGUAAUAAUAAAUUAAACCAAAAAAAAAGUUUAUUUUUUUUUCA